AUUUCUCAUGUUGGUAUUUGAUUUAUGUGUUCUCUGGAAAAAAAUGCCUCUUCUGUUCUUUUUUCUUUACUCUGCUGUCUUUAACUAGAAUUGCUUAUGCUGAAAGUGAAGGCUGGUUUUGAAUACCACUGAAAUACAGAUUUAGUUACUUAAAUGUGAAGCCUAAAUUUGGAAACGGCUUUGGGAGGCUUGAUAUUUUUUAUAAAAUGCUCCUUGGAUGCUUUGAUAUGAAUUGGAAAGCUGUUUUAAUGUGAAGGCAGGGAAGGGAAUAAUACAGGAAAAUAGUCACUAGUAGUCUUACCUUUUUCAGAAAUAUAGUGCCCUUUUUUUUCAAAGCUGACAGUGGGAACAAAGCACCAGAAGAGUGCAUUUAUCAGCCAGUUUCUCCAAGUGAUGUGGUUUAUUCUGACGUGUUAAGGAAUGAGUACACUUUAUUAAAUGUUACUUACAUGAUUACUUUGAAGUUGGAAGUAAUUAAAAGUCUUCUAAGAAUAAUGCAGAAAAUUUCCUUUUCUCAAAAUACAUAUCUUGCUUGAGGUGCUUUUGGUUAAAAGUCUGUGAUGACAAUUGGCUUUCAUCCACUAAUUUGAGCCAAUAAGUUUUGGUGUUUUGCUUUUUUCUUUUUUUUAAUGGACCAGGAUUUGUUGUUGUGUGAAGAAUUUAUGGGAUGGCUUUUAAACAGAAAUAGAAAAUUCAGUCAAUAUUAGUUUUACCUUCCCUUAGAACCCUGAAAUAAAAUGAAGUGGAAAAGCUCUGGAAACUAGAUUAAAACACCCUUGAAUUUUGUGGUGGUCAAAUCUAUAUGAGAUUUCAUGAGAAACAGAUAAUAAAUUGAAAUAAAAACUCAUAUGUAUUAGUUUCAGAAAUUCCUGUUAAAACAACAAUGCAGAAAGAGUAUCUCAGUGAAUUAAGUGCUGUGAAGUUACUAGGCUUGGAACUUUUAGAGUAGUUCUGAAGUGAAAUGACAACACUUGCAAACCAUCAAUCUGCUGGACCUUUUGUAAGACAGGAUGGUUUCUCAGACAGCCUUGAAACUUGUAGCCUGUGUUGGUAAAGAUUUGUGUCUGCCAUGGAAUGUGGAAAGGGAAAGAGUCAGGGCUUGGCGUUACUGAAAUUCUGGACCUCUUCAGCAUUAUCAUUUAUGGCCUCUUCUGUGUUUGCCUUUGUUGAUGUUUCAGGUGUUUUCCAUUUGUUUUUCUUCACUGCACUAAACAGUAGGGAGAAAAGGAGGGACAAAAUAUUUCUGUAGUUAGGUUCUGUACUAGGUGUUGGGAGGUGGGCUUCUUGCCUGAAAGCUCAGACACUCAUGCUAUGCUAGUUUAUAUAAAGUUGUUCUUGCAGGUGCAAAAUUGUAUAGAUAACUUUUGAACUUAAGAUUUAAAAUUAAGUGCAUAUUCUUUCCUAAUUACACCUCUGUUUCAGUUUAAAACUUAAUUAAAUUUAUUUAAUGUUUUUUAAUAGUGUCUAUUACCAAGGAGGUCCUGGGAAGUACACUUAAAUCACAACAUUAAUACCAGAAUAGCUCUAGUAUAUUUUGAUCUUAUGACAAUUUAACAAUGUUUCCCACUAGAAAUUGUGCUUUUAAUGAUCAAAUGAAGCUGUGAUGGGGUGUACAUUAGAAUGUCACAAUUUACUUAAAAUUGUAAUAAAUAAUUGGUGAAUAUAUGGGAUGAGAAAAAAGGUGGUAUACACCACCUGGUACAUAUAUUACGUGGUAUAGUAAAAUUCAGACAAAGAUAACGUUUUCUUCUCUGCCCCCCCGCCUCACCCCCCCAGACACUAGUGGCACUUGUGCAUUCGUAUUUUAAAUUAGAUAUAGACAUUUUCACUUAUUUCUCUCAUACAUGAGUAUUUUGCUGCCCUUCAUAAGGGAGAAUAAUUAUUAAUAUGUUGAUUGCAUAAAAUUACGUUUAAAAGUUCAGAUAAGUUGCUUCCUGCAUUGAUCAUAAUUUUUUUGACAGCACUUCCAUUCGUGGGCUAGAUUUCAUGAUCUUUUUUCUUCUUAGUAGGAACAUUGCUUUUAAAUUAAUGCUGUUACCUAAGUGUGAACACCUCUCUUUGCUGUGCUAUGGAUGAAAGAUACCCAUGGGAUAAGAAUAAGUAACUUACUUGCUAAUGCACCAUGAAACUAGAAAUAAGUUGUAACAUCCAGCUGCUAGUUACAUAGUAACAUCUCUUAAAUAAUACCGUGUUUUCUUUACUAUACCCCUUUCAACUAAAUGUAUUACAUGUGAAUGACUCAAGUUUUCUUUUGCUGAAAAGAUAAUAACUGUAUAGGAUCAAUAUUUGCAUUUUUUGAACUGGAAAAUUUUCCCUAAAAAAAGAAGGCAGAUCUGAAAGGUGUUUCUUCACCUAGAUGCAUCUUUAACGUUACUGGUAUAAAAGUUUUCUGAGACAAAUUACAGGUAACAAGUACCUUGCACUAUUUUUAGCUUACCUUAUGCAGCUGAAUCUUUAGCAGAUGGUGAGUUUGGUUUUGACUUGAUGCAAAGUCAAGAGGUAACACAGAGAACAGUCCCAGUGAGUGUGUUCUGCAGUGCAAGAAAACAAAGUCCUCAUCUCCAGUGGAACUCUUCCUGUUGUGUUCUCAAUAGCUCUAUUAUAGUAAAUUGUUUAUUAUUUUAAAAAGCCAUCUAAGGAGAAGCUGAACUGUGACAUGGUAUAGUAAAAUUCAGUUCUGUGCUGAUCAUACCUUUCAAGUUUAUUUAAUUAUGAUGUACUUCAAGUCAACUGGCAUACUGUGCUAUUUGGAACAAUUCAGUGCAAAAGUCAUGUAAGACGAAGUCACACACACAUUUCCCUCUUCUCGUUUUUGAAACUAGAAGUAGUAGUUACUGUAGUUUUACUUUGGCUGUUUUAGUUUUUUAAAGCAAUAAGCAAAUUGCUUUGCAAAACAUGCUCAGAUAUUUUAACAGAGCUUGAAAUUAACUUCUGUUUUUCAGAUAUGUGCCUGUCAAUAACUGUUUUUCAUAGAAUUUUUGCAAGCUGCAAUGCAAGAAGAGAGAAGGGCUUUUUUUUAGCCAGAUAAGAGAAACCGAAAGCAUGCAGCUGACUUCGGCAAAAUGCUUUUUUGUUCCCUCACUUUGCAAGAGAAGGAGUCCUUAUGAAGCUUUCUUAAACUUUAAUUAGUAAUUUUCUUUUGUCUUAAUGCUGUCUCUGUUAUGACAUAUACUACUGUAAUGUAUGUAUUGAAUUUUCUGUUUGAGAGAUUAUGAGAAUGCAUAUUUCUUGAUCAGUGUCUGGUCAUGUUCUCUCUAGGCUUUGGGAAGGGACUGCCUUUUUAUUGUAGAUUCACUCAGAAAUCUGAGGUGGUUUUUCUGGUUUUGUUUAUCUUAAAUUCUGCUGCCAGCUUCCCUUCAUAGCUGAGGUUCCAUUUCCAGUGUGAUUAAAAAACACUAGAUCAUUCUGAGUACAGUAAUCUCCUGUCUGCUUGUUAAAUGCUGAAAAAGUGACAGUUGUUUUGAUAGUUUUGUGAAGCAGGAAAUUACAGACUUCUAACUCUUUGUCAGAGACUUCAAUGUGUACAGCAGGAAGAGCUACUGAGAUUCCAAGGAACAUGUUCCAGGACACAAAAUGUUUCUAUUUUAACUUUACUGUUUAGGAGGAAGCUAACUGGACACUUGUUUUGGUUUUUUGGUGGGAUUUUCAUCUGGGUUUUGUUUUGUUUUUUUGGUGGUGGUGGUGGCUUUGUUUGGUUGGUUUUAGUUUGGUUUGGUUUUUUGUUAUUGUUGUUUGUAUCAUUUUUAGUUAUUAGAUCAUCUUCUGAUUUAUUCUUGUAUAAUUUAGAAAUCAUUUUUUAACAUGCCAUUGUGCAAAUGGACCUUAUUUUUAAGAUUUUUUUUGCUAGUAUAGUUGCCUAAGGGAAAACCUUCAUAAAGUGGAACUUGCUUUUCUUUUCAUCUUCUGAGUUGUAUAUACAUGAUUUCAUUGACGGAUGUGUGUGUUGAAUGUCUGCUGGCACAGGCAACUUUCUUUAGAAUUUUAACAUAAACUGUAGUUCUACAGUUUCUCCUUUUUCUCUCCCCAAAAGGUCAAGUAGGUUGCUCGGGUUUUUCUCUCUGCCAGUUUAAUUUGAGUGGGACUUACUCAUUGAAUAAUUCAUUGGAUAAUUCUAGUGUAGUUUAAAUUCAGUAGCAUAUAAUGGCAUUUCUGGUUUAACAUUUUCUGAACAUUGAAACAGUGGAAUUUCUUGCAUGUUUCUUGUGCAAUAAUGCUGAUAGUGUGGCAUGAAGUCAAUGACAUGGAAUAUCUUCUGCCUAGAGAAGCCAAAGACCUUUUCAAGAUAAAUUUAGUCAAAGCGAAAAUAAGGAAAGCAAAGCCUGUACCUGUGGAUGAGUGUGUUUUCUUAAUACCUCAGGAGGAUACCUGAGCACUCUCCUCUCUUUUGACUUGCCUGCAGGAGAAGUUUUGAUGGUUACAACUCUUUUAAUACUUGCAUGAGGGUUUUAGUAGAAGCAGGAAGCUCAAGGCAUGUGUGUGUCUUUAUAGUAAUUUUCUUAAGUUACUGUAUUCCCGAGUCUACAGUCUUUCUGGUUUAUAACAAGUGGGGGUUUGUUUCCUGACCUACAUUUGUACACAGAGGUGGCAUAUUAUUCAAAUAAACAAUGGGCAUUUACCUCUAGCAUGUAUCUUAAUGAUUUUCUGUACUGCAGUUAUUUUCAACAUAAGGAGUUUUUUUUUAGUUUUGUGGUGUGGUGAGUAAACACAAUUUUUACUUUUUCUCUGAGGUCAGCAUCUUUUAAACCUCUUGGGUCAUUUUGCAUGCCAUGUCUUCAAUUUUUAGAGUGCAGUCUACAUAUAAACCAACAGAUGAAAGAUAGAGCAGAUAAAAAAUUAAUCAGACAAAUUCAUGUGGAGGUAUCCUCCUCUCAUUUAUCUCUGAAGCCGUGUAUUGGCUGGUGAAAGUGGGGAAGAAUCUAGUGGGAGGAGUUGCUCAGGGUUUGUGGUGUGGUUUUACCACAGCAUGCACAGUUAGUUGCAGUUUGACAUAGGAUGCUGGGCUGGAUGGACUUGCAGCUUGGACUUACAAAGAUGCCUCUGUGGGGAGAUCCCGUGGAGUGACAGACGGUGCAGCUGGGAGCCUUGUGAAUGCACAAGGUCUGCAGUUCUCUUCGUGACAUGGAGAAUAAAGAAACCCUUAGGGGGUUGCAGAAGAUGGAUGACCGCCCAGAAGAGCGCAUGAUCAGGGAGAAACUCAAGGCAACAUGUAUGCCAGCCUGGAAGCAUGAAUGGCUGGAAAGAAGAAGCAGAAGAGGCCCUGUGGUGGUGAAACCUAUCCCUGGAAAAUUAGAUGGAUCAGAAAUGAACAAACUCUGUCUGGAUCCUCAGGCUGAAGGACAGAACACUGCUUCUUCACCUGCGCAAAAAGGAAGACGUAGUCCUUCCCCUAGCAGUUCCUCUUCAUCAUCUGCUAGGACAGUUAAAUCUGAGUCACCAGGUGUUAGAAGAAAAAGGGUAUCUCCAGUGCCUUUUCAGAGCGGACGGGUAACACCACCUCGACGAGCCCCAUCUCCAGAUGGCUUCUCUCCAUACAGCCCUGAGGAGACAAAUCGCCGUGUCAACAAAGUGAUGCGAGCCAGGCUGUACUUGCUGCAGCAGAUAGGACCCAACUCUUUCUUAAUUGGUGGAGACAGCCCUGAUAAUAAAUACAGAGUAUUUAUUGGGCCUCAGACUUGUAGCUGUGGCCGUGGGACAUUUUGUAUUCAUCUGCUGUUUGUUAUGCUGAGGGUCUUUCAGCUUGAACCCUCAGACCCAAUGCUCUGGAGAAAGACACUGAAGAACUUUGAGGUUGAGAGUUUGUUCCAGAAAUAUCACAGUAGGCGUAGCUCGAGGAUCAAAGCUCCAUCUCGUAACACCAUCCAGAAGUUUGUCUCACGCAUGUCCAAUUCUCAUACAUUGUCAUCAUCUAGUACUUCUACAUCUAGUUCAGAAAACAGUAUGAAGGAUGAAGAAGAACAGAUGUGCCCCAUUUGUUUGUUAGGCAUGCUGGAUGAAGAGAGUCUAACUGUGUGUGAAGAUGGCUGCAGAAACAAAUUACACCACCACUGCAUGUCAAUAUGGGCAGAAGAAUGCAGAAGAAACAGAGAGCCACUCAUCUGUCCACUCUGUAGAUCUAAAUGGAGAUCUCAUGAUUUCUAUAGUCAUGAAUUGCCAAGCCCUGUGGAUUCUUCUGUUCUCCGUAUGGUUCAGCAACAAUCUCAGCAGCAGUCUACAGCUGGAUCACAGAGAAGAACUCAAGAUAGCAAUUUUAACCUUACACAUUAUGGAGUCCAGCAGAUCCCUUCUACAUAUAAAGAUUCAGCUGAGCCAUGGAUUCAGGUAUUUGGGAUGGAGCUAGUUGGCUGCUUGUUUUCUCGAAACUGGAAUAUACGAGAGAUGGCACUUAGACGUCUUUCCCAUGAUGUUAGUGGUGCUCUAUUACUGGCUAACGGUGAAAGCACUGGAAACUCUGGAAGCAGCAAUGGAAACAACACAGCUGCUGGAGCUCUGGGAGCAGCUAGUGGGUCAUCUCAGACCAGUAUCUCAGGAGAUGUGGUGGUAGAAUCCUGCUGCAGUGUGCUGUCCAUGGUCUGUGCUGACCCUGUCUACAAAGUGUAUGUUGCUGCUUUAAAAACUUUAAGAGCCAUGCUAGUGUACACUCCCUGUCAUACUUUGGCAGAGAGGACUAAACUACAGCGACUUCUGAAGCCAGUUGUAGAGACGAUAUUAGUUAAAUGUGCAGAUGCUAACAGUCGAACAAGUCAACUUUCAGUCUCAACACUACUGGAGAUGUGUAAAGGUCAAGCAGGCGAGCUGGCAGUUGGAAGAGAAAUACUUAAAUCUGGAUCCAUCGGUAUUGGAGGUGUUGAUUAUGUCUUAAACUGUAUUCUUGGAAAUGAAAUUGAAUCUAGCAAUUGGCAAGCACUGCUGGGGCGACUUUGUCUAAUAGACAGACUUCUGUUGGAAUUUCCUAGUGAAUUUUAUCCCCACAUUGUCUGUGGAGAUGUCUUGCAGGCUGAUACCGUAGUUGACAGGUAUAAGAAGCUUCUCUCCCUCUUAACUUUCGCCUUGCAGUCAAUGGACAAUUCUCACUCGAUGGUUGGCAAACUGUCACGGAGAAUAUUUUUGAGUGCAGCAAGAAUGGUAGCAAGAGUGCCCCAUAUUUUUGUAAAGCUGUUAGAUAUGUUGAGUGUGACAAGCUCAACUCAUUAUGCAAGGAUGCGUCGACGUCUGAUGGCAAUAGCAGAUGAAAUGGAAAUUGCAGAAGCCAUUCAGCUGGGCAUGGAAGAAAUGCACUCUGGGGAAUGCCAACAUGAAGACUUUUUACACCUACCUGUGCCAGAUAACUCUCCAGAAACUACAGAAAAUAAUACUCCUAAUAAUACUGUCCAGUUAUCAGGGAAAAGUGGGAAAGGUUUAAGUGACAGAAAACUGAGUGCCAGUCCAGAUGACAUUUCUGAGAUGCUAGCUGGCCUUGCUAUGGGACUUCCUGUUUCAUCAGUAACCACUGAGCAACCAAAACCAGCCAUUCAAACAAAAGGAAAACCCCAUAGUCAGUGUGUGAACUCUUCUCCCUCAUCCAGUCAUUCCCAGUCACUAUUCCCAAUGCUUCUGUCUCCAUCAAACCCAUCUGUACCAGCUGGCACUGUAACAGAUGUCUCUAAACUCAGACCUCAGGGAUUUGUUCCCUGCAAAAUCCCCUCACCUUCUCCUCAAACACAGCGGAAACUUUCUCUCCAGUUUCAGCGAAACUGUUCUGAAAAUAAAGAAUCUGAGAAACUCUCUCCGGUUUUUACCCAAGUCAGGCCACUGCCAUCCAGUCACCUACAUAGGCCAAAGCCAUCACGACCCACCCCGAGUGAUGUGAACAAGCAAGGAGAAACCUUAAAAAGCAGUAUGACACUUGACCUGAAUGAUAUUUCACAGUGUGAUGGCAAUAGCAGUGCAGUUAUACCAAGUGAAGAGACAGUGUUCACACCAGUAGAUGAGAAGUGCCGGCUGGAUGUUAAUGCAGAGCUCAAUUCCAGUAUUGAGGACCUGCUUGAGGCCUCCAUGCCAACGAGUGAUGGCACAGUUACAUUCAAAUCUGAAGUUGCAGUUCUUUCUCCUGAGCGGGCAGAAAAUGAUGAUACUUACAAAGAUGAUGUAAAUCAUAAUCAAAAAUGCAAGGAGAAGAUGGAAGCUGAAGAGGAGGAAGCUUUAGCUAUUGCUAUGGCAAUGUCAGCAUCCCAAGAUGCCUUGCCAGUAAUUCCCCAACUACAGGUUGAAAAUGGUGAAGAUAUCAUAAUCAUUCAGCAGGAUACACCGGAAACCCUUCCUGGACAUACCAAAGCAAAACACCAUUACAGAGAAGAUGCAGAAUGGCUUAAAGGUCAGCAAAUUGGUCUUGGAGCUUUCUCUUCCUGCUACCAAGCUCAAGAUGUGGGAACAGGGACAUUAAUGGCUGUAAAACAGGUGACAUAUGUCAGGAACACAUCAUCUGAGCAAGAAGAGGUGGUUGAAGCACUGAGGGAAGAAAUAAGGAUGAUGAGUCAUCUGAACCAUCCUAACAUUAUUCGAAUGUUGGGUGCUACAUGCGAGAAGAGCAACUAUAACCUCUUUAUUGAAUGGAUGGCAGGGGGCUCAGUUGCUCAUUUGUUAAGUAAAUAUGGAGCCUUCAAAGAAUCGGUUAUUAUUAAUUACACAGAACAACUUUUACGUGGCCUUUCUUACCUCCAUGAGAAUCAGAUAAUCCAUAGAGAUGUUAAAGGUGCCAAUUUGCUAAUUGACAGCACAGGUCAUAGAUUAAGAAUUGCUGAUUUUGGAGCUGCAGCCAGGUUGGCAUCAAAAGGAACUGGUGCUGGAGAGUUUCAGGGACAGUUGUUGGGAACUAUUGCAUUUAUGGCACCAGAGGUCCUGAGAGGUCAGCAAUAUGGAAGGAGCUGUGAUGUGUGGAGCGUUGGCUGCGUUGUCAUAGAAAUGGCUUGUGCUAAACCUCCUUGGAACGCAGAGAAACACUCCAAUCAUCUUGCUCUGAUAUUUAAGAUUGCUAGUGCAACUACUGCUCCACCAAUCCCCACACAUCUAUCUCCAGGCUUGAAAGAUGUGACUCUUCGGUGUUUGGAACUUCAACCUCAGGACAGACCACCUUCAAGGGAGCUGCUGAAACACCCAGUCUUCCGUACUACAUGGUAGCUACUUAUUUGUAAGGCUGAAAUACUGAAGAAAAUGCUACUGAAUAUACAGUAACUGUCUUGCAGUGCAGUUACGUGCAGCAAAUUAUAUUAUUCUACUGGCCUUAGUGGUAGAUACAUCAAGAACAUAAGGCCAGUGGAGGACCCUGCCUAAGUGUGUGAUUGACAAAUCAAGAUCUUUACCUAAGCUCAGUAUGCAACAUUUGACAAUUCAAGCAGAGAUUUGUAAACUGUGCCUUUUCAAACAUCUGGCUCUAUGUUAACAUAAAAACAUUUUUCCUUAAAUCUGCAUAAUUAUUUAGCAGGUAAGUGAUUUUUAUUUUAUUUAGAGCACUUUUUCAGCACUAUUGGAAGCUGAGAGGCUCAAGAUCUAUUUUAAUAUUGCAAUAUUUUAAUAUUGCAAUCACUGUUCCAUUUCACAUGUAGAUGCUCUGCAAUUAGUAAGUUUUCAAUACUGGUUAAACGGACAUUCUGUAUCUGUCCCUUUGAAUUAUCUGAUGCUCUCUGUGUAGCAAAUCCAAAUAUUGAUGGAAACUUUAAAAAAGUAUUUGCCUUCCUAUAAAGUAAGAGCAGGCACUCAUGGUUCACUGUGCAUUUACUGCUGGCCAUGUAAUUUCUUUUGAAAUCAAAGUUUGUUUUCUUUGUAUUUUUAACUUUCAUGAAAAGGGGAUAUUUUAAAAUAGUCUUUAGAGAAAAAGAUGCAAGCUGUGUCAUGGAGUAUUUUCCUGACACAAGAGUUUUAAAACCAGAUUUGCUGGAAAUCUGGGAUAAAAUGCCACCUUCAACAAGGAUAUGUUGAAGGCUCUGAUAGUAUAGGUUAUUUAAUAAACAAGAUUGUUCUGUAUAAAGCAACUUAGUCUGAACCAUGCUAGAAGUUGUUGAGCCUUUUUUUCUCAUAUAUCAGUUUCUUCUGGCAAAUCAUGUAGAGAAGUUUCAUGUCAAGGGCCUCCCAAACCCAGCUUCCAUUAAGUUUUUAUGGGAGACUUUGGCAUGUACUUCAGUGUGAGCAGGUGCCAAAUGAGCAAAUCUCUUUGUGUAAAGAAACUGAGGUUACAUUCUCUACUGAUAACAAGUUUUACCUGCUGUUUUCCUUCUGCCGUACAUCAUCUAUUUACUGUAGCCAUUAGUGGUAAUUUAAUUUGAAAAUGUUAAAAAUAUUACCAUAAGAAAGGUAUUUAUUUUAACAAGAAACAAACUUGGACUUGAAGAUCAAGAUAAAGUAAAAUGUGAAGUAAAGCUUCACCUGUAGUGCAAAACUUGUCGGUUUUUAGGAGAUGUGGGGUUUUUUUUUUUAAACAGGUUUUUAAAAUUAUUUUAAAGGCAGGUUUUUAGAUUCUGAUGCAUGUAAUUCUGAAGGAAAAUGGCAGCUUUUUCUUUUGCUUUUUUAAAAAUGGGGAUCUUUUUUAAUCUAAUGAUGAUUGUGUUUAAUCCAUUUUGAAAAAAAUUACUGUUCAUGUUAUAACUCUUCAGAAGCCAGUUGGAUUGUUGGACUCAAAUAGAAUUGGUUAUUUUCAAAGACUCAGGACAAACUAAAUAAGCUAUAGUACCUUAAAAGUGUAUAAUACAAAUUGGAAGCAAGACAUCUUAAAGAUAAGUUUACAUGAAUGACAGUGCUCAUACUAAUAAAAAAAAAAAAAAAAA